CACAUCCCGCCGCGGUACCGGCAAUUCCCGGAGCUGACGCGGGCGCAGGUGAUUCGAGGCGAGGUGCUCAGCGGCAUCAUGUGGUUCUGGAUCCUCUGGCAGUUCUGGCACAACUCGGACAUGGUGCUGGGACACUUCCCGUAUCCCGACGCUUCGGCCUGGACGGACGAGGAGCUCGGCAUCCCUCCGGACGAUGAGGAAUAGCAGCACACCGGUUCCUGGAACUAAAUGAGGCCCCUAGAACCAAAUCUUUGUCUCCUGGGUCCUUAUGUCAAUAAAACUGUAAACAAAGUUGAA